GGAAAUGUUGUUUCCGGGAAUGUUUGGUGAUGUGGCUAUGCUCUGACAUCCAUCCGAGGAAAUAUAUCACAUAAAAAGCAGAUACAUUCACCUGGAAAGCACUCGAACAGUGGCAUCUUUAUGUUCAGCCGUCUGGCCACAGUCCUCCAGGAGCUCUCUGGAGAGGAGGGCCAAGAUGGAGACCCACAGGGCAUUCUGGUGCCUCAGCUCCCCGCCGGUGAGGGCCAGGCUCCAGGGGAGUCGGAGGCCCCUGAGGAGGCCUUGGAGAGGCUGGCUCAUCUGGAACAACUGGUGGUCCAGCUGAAGGAGCUCAUCCGAGAAAAAGACAAUGAGCUGUUUGACAAAGAUGCAAAGCUCAAGAAUGAGAAAGACGAAGCUGAGGCCCGCUUCACCAAACUCAAACUGCAGGCCAAAGCCAAGAUGGCUUCACUCAGCAAACAGAUCACUGAGCUGAAAGGACAAGGAGGGGCACCACAGAGUCCAGACAGCUCUUUCACUGGAGCCGGUCCUGCAGUCGAGGAGGAGCUCCAAGAACUGAGGAUCAGGCUGAGGGAGGAGGAGGCGAACAGCAGAGAGCUGCAGGAGCGACUCCGGACCACAGGGCAAAGCCUUCAGGACAAGGAAUGUGCCCACGCUGAACAGUUGCAGAAACUGCAGGCUGUGGUUUGUGAGAAGGACGUGCGUUUCCAGGAACAGAUCCAGAAACAUGAAGAAGAGCUGCUGGGGGUCACAGCACAGUCUCAGAGUGAUGGCCAGCUUCAGCAGGCCCUGUAUGCAGCACAGAGGCGCUGUGAGGAGCUCGAGGAGGCCUUCAACUCUCGAUCCCAAGUGCUAGAAAUGCUGCAGCAGGAAGUGAGCAGCGCUGAUCAACAGAAACAGAUCCUGACCGCUCAGUUCCGGCAGAUGGAGCAGGAGCUGGCCGAGGCCGCCAAGCAGCGGGAGGAGGAGAGGCAGCAGUGGAGCGGACAGGCCAGCAGUGCCGAUGCAGAAGUGGCAGCCCUCAGAUCCAGCCUGGAGGACUUGGAAAGGGACAGGGCGGAGCUGGUGAGGCAAGGUGGUGAGCUGGCCGCUUUGAGAGAGGCAGAGCAUGGGAAUGUGGAAGCUCUGGAGAGGGAGAGGAUGGAAUUCGCCAGAUUGGAGAGAGAGCUGUCUCUGAUGAAAGAGGCUGAAUUUGCAGCCGUACAAGCCAGCCAUGAUGCUUCAGAGAGCGACAGGGCGGAAAUACUGCAGCUUGAAAGCGAGCUUGCAUCCCUGAGAGAGGCUGUUGUUCAUUCCAGCGAGGACGCUUCAGAGAGGGGGCAAUCAGAAGUAGAUAAGCUGGAGCAGGAGCUGGCCUCACUGAAGGAGGAACAUGAAGAUGCCCAGAAGAAGGGGGAGGUCUUGGCUGAGAUUUGGAAACAUCUUCGCUUUUUGGCUGUCGAGGAUGAGCAAGCAGCAGUGGAAGUCCCCGUCCCUUCUGACCUCUCCCUGUUCCUGGACACUGUGCAGACUAUUGAGACACAACUGACCAGGCUGAGAGAGGAACGCAGUGAGAGCGAGGAACGCUGUGCACAUCUCACCCACACCAUGGAAACCCUUCAUGAUCAACUUGACAGACAUACCACAGAACAUGAGGAAACCGCUGCCAGGGUACAACAGCUGGAGCAUAACCUUAUAACAACACCUGAAAGAGAUGAUGUGACUGAACCAUCGGGCCAGGAUUCAACUGAAGCUAAACAUGAGCACAUACUGGAACUAGAGCAGCAGCUUUUAGAAAGAGACAAUGAGCUGCUGGCCUUGCGAGAGUCCCUCAGACAGGCCACUGAGCAGAGCGCCAGUGGGGUUGCAUCGUCUGAAAACUACGAACAGACCCCAGAUCAGGGUCAGGAUGCCGAUACGCCCCCCCAUGACAGUUCUGCAGCUCUUUCUGGCUUCAUGGAGGAUUCACGUGACGACGAAACCACCUUAGUUGCCGAAGACACGUCAGUCUUCUCCAUGUCUGCUGGUACUGAGAGCAGCCCAGAGCUCAUCGGAGACCAGUCUGAGUCCCCGGAAGAAUCCAAAGGAGCCUCCUCAGAUGAGAUGGUGGCCAGUAGUGAUUCAGAGGUGGCCCACAGCAGCUGGACCCUCCUGGAAGCUUUGAAUCAAGAUGGAGGCCAAGAGUGGCCGUCCAACCUGCAGGACUUUAGCCAGCUGCAGUCCUGGGAGGCGACGAGCAUGGAGCAGGAAACCUCCACAGUUCAAGUCGAGUCCUCCUCUGUCAUUAUCAGAGAGACGGUUCAAGUUCACGUGACUCAGCAGAGUUCUUCCACCACAGAGGGCAGCAUAUCCUCUGGUCGGGUCUUUGCUCAGGCUUUAGCUGAGGAGCUUCAGAAGAGGUACGGUGAUAUUCUGGCUGAGCUUCAGGGGCUCAGAGAGGCAGCUGCAGAGUCACAGGAGAACAUCAAGAGCUUGGAAGAAGAGACACAGUAUCUCACUGCUGCCAAAGAAGAAGCAGAAUCCCAGUCCAAUAGUUUUGAAGAGGAACUUCAAUCCACCAGAGAGGAGAUGGAAAAGCUCUCUCAGAACAGCAGCUCUGGGGCGGAGAAAUACGGUGUUGAAAUGCAGCUUCUAGAAGAACAGAUAGACAUUUUGAGCAGUGGAAGUAAAACUAAGGAAGAGAGGAUCCAGGCCCUGCAGGCAGAUCUGGAAACAGCUCAACAAGCUUUCUCAGAGCAGGAGGGGCAUGUCAGGAUGCUCAGUGCUCAGCUGGAGGAAAGGGAGCUCCUCUCCUUUGAGCUCGAAAGGAGACUCCAAGAGAUGGAAAACAGCAUGUUGGAAUACUCUCAGACAUCAGAGCUCAACAAUGACACUCUAUCAAAGAAGGACACGGAGAUCAGCGAGCUGCAACUCCUUCUCGGACAAAAGGAGCAAGAAGCGACGGAGCUCAAUGACAGUAUGUCAGCAAAACUCCUCCAAGCAGAGGAAGAGAAGUUCCAGAGAAAUGGUGAAGUCAAAUCGCUGAAGGAGCAGAUAGUAGACUUUGAGAAAGUCAGAGACGAGAAACCCAAAGAGAGUUCUGAAGACUCAGGCGCUCAGGUAGAUGAUGAACUCGCUAGUGUGCGAAAGGAGAAAGGAAUGCUGGAGACCCAACUGAUGACCACCAAGAAGAAGUUGCAGGCUGCACUUGUGCAACGCAAAGAGCUCAUGAAGAAGGUUGCUGAUUUCGAUGUAGAAGUGAAGACAUUGAAAGAGCGAGAGGUUGAAACUCCUGCAGACAUCCCAGAGGCAGAACUAUCCAGAGGGCAGGAGAUCCAGGAAAUGGAGGCCAAACUCCUCGAACUCCAACAAACUUUGAGAACCAAAGAAGAGGCGGUUGAGGCCCUCGAUCUGAAGAUGACUCAACAGGAUCGAGUUCUCACUGAAACACUUGCUGUGAAUAAAAAGCUAAUUGAAGAAGCUGAAAACUCUCAGCAGGCUGACGGUCCCCCUGCAAUAACUGCGUUACGGUCCCAAGUGGCCUCUCUUGAAGCAGAGUGCGAAACCCUUCAGAAGAAAGUUCAGGAGGCUCAAGAAUCUCGCAAGGAAACCAUCCGCAAAGCCAAAGAGAAAGACAGGCACCACCGGGAACAGCUGAAGCAGCAGAAAGAAGAAUACAGCGAGCUCGUAGAACGAUCUGAGGAGCAGAGCGCGGAGAGAGAAGUGCUUCUGACUAAAUUGAGAGAAUUAGAAGAACAAAUAAGCACUGAACCUCCCAAAGAGGCCAAGCAACUGUCUGAACACAUGGAAAAGCAAGCAACAAGUGAUUGGGUCCAGGAGGAAUGGGUGGAUUUUGCCACGUCAGAGACAGAUUCAUCACAGCCACAAGCCAGUCAUCCGGUCCAGCAACCUGCAGAGCAGUCGCUCUUUUCUGAACAAAUGGAUGAGUCUUUGCAAGCCCUCAGAGGAGAAAUCCAGAGCGUGCGGAUGGCUAACGCAGAGCUAGAGAAGCAGCUGCAGGAAACCCACACCAGUUUGUCACUGAAGGAGGCUGAAUUAUUGGAAUUGGGUGAAGAGCUGCGGGCACUGCGAGAAAAGGAAAGACAGAUUGAUGCUCUCUCAGAGGAAGUGAAUGACCUCAGAGAAAAGUUUCACCAAGCUGAGGCUUACGCUGAAACCCUGAAAGCAGAGAUGGAAAUUGCAGCAAAAGCAACAUCUGAAGAUUCGACAUCCUCCAUCACAACUCUUCAGGCCGAGGUGGAGGACUUCAAGGAGUUCCUCGACAAUAAGAACCUUGAAAUCAUGGAGCUAGGUCAGCAGCUUAGCGAGCAGAAGUCUCUCAUACACUCGAUGCAGGACACAGUGUCUCAGAAGGAUCAGCUGAUAGUUUCUUUACAGGAAGAACUGAAUGCUGAGCAAGAAAAAUCCCAGAGGUUAGAGGUCGAGGUUCCACAGAAGCAAGAGGAAGAAAAAGACAGCGAGGCAAAGGUCCAGCAGCUCCAAAGGAAACUUCAGGCUGCUCUGAUUUCUCGCAAAGAGGUCUUAAAAGAAAACAAAACCAAAAAGGAACAGCUGGCUGAAACUGAGAAGCUCAUUAAAAAGCUGAAGCACAAAAUGGAGUCCGCUGAAAAUGAGCUGGAGAAGCUAAAAGCGGAAAGAGUCAGACUGAUUGAUGAAGUUGACCGGACAUUAGUGGAAAACCAAAGCUUAGGAUCGUCCUGCGAGAGCCUCAAGCUGGCCAUGGAGGGCGUAGUGAGUGAGAAAGACGCCUGUAAGAGGGAAGUGGAGCUGGCCAGAGAAGAGGCCGCCAAAGCCUGCAGAGAAUGGGAGGAGAAGGUUCAAGGCAUGAAGGACGAGUACGAGACACUGCUCAAGUCGUACGAAAACGUGAGCGACGAGGCCGAGCGAGUGAGGCGAGUCCUGGAAGCCGCCCGGCAGGAGAGGAAGGACCUCGCGACCAAGGUGAGGGCGCACGAGGCCGGGAGGCAGGAAGCUGAGAGGCAAGGCGAAGAGGCACAGAAAGAGGUGGAUUUGGUGAAAGACAAAAUGAGAAAGUUUGCCAAAGGAAAGCAGCAGAAAAUAAUGGAGUUAGAGGAAGAGAAUGAGAGACUCAGAGAGAUGCAGGACAAGACUGUGGUAAAGCGAGAGGGAAGGGCUCUCAAAGCAGAGGCUGAAAGACUUCAGGAUGAGCUGGGGGCUUUGAAAGCUGACUUGGAUGCUACUGUGGCAGAAAGAGACUCGUUAGGGCAGCAGAUUGAGGAACUGAAGGAACAGCUUGCACAAACAGGACCGACAGAGGACAGUAUAACUAAUGCAGCUGUUGAAGAAGAGGUAGUCACUGCCCAGCAAUCCGUUAUAACCAUGUCUACAGCAGAGCCUGUUGAGAGUCAGAAUGAAGACAAAGAAAAACCCUUGGAAGAAACACAAGCUGAACAAAUAGCUGCAGCGCCUGCACCAGAAAAAGCAGAAAUGACUGAAAGUGUUAAAGUUUUAUUAGAGGAGAAAAUGAGGGAGAUGGAAGUGGCUGUCAAUGCAGAGAGGGAACUGUGGCAGCAACAGGAGGCUAGACUCAAAGCGGAGCUGGCCUCUCUUGAGCGAGAUCUCCAGGAGAGUAAAGAGAAGGAGAGCCUUGUGGCCUCUCUGGAGAAGUGCCUCCAAGAGGGCAAAGAGAGAGAAAGGAGCCUGGUGGAGGAGGGUGCCAAGAGGGAGGCGCAGUUCAAAGAGCUGCUCAGGAGCCUGGAAGCCGAGAAGGACAACCUGGAGGAGCGUCUGAUGAACCAGCUGGCCCAGCUCAACGGCAGCAUCGCAGACUACCAGCAGGAGGCGGCGGACAACCGGGAGCACUUGGCCGAGCUGCAGCGGGAGGUGGAGCGGUUGGCGAGGGAGCGGGCCGAGUUGGAGGCCGAGGCGCAGAGCGAGAGCGACCGGGCCGCCAGGCUGGAGGAGGACAUGAGGCAAGCACAGAGAGAGAGAGCAGAAGCAGAAGCAGAGUCUGGUAAGCAGAGGGAGCUGGAGCAGCAGCUGAGGUCCGCUCAGAGGGUCAGGGAAGGCAGCCAGAGCAGAGCGCGGCAGCUGGAGGAGCUGCUGAGGGAGAAGCAGCUGGAGGUCCGGCAGCUGCAGAGGGACUGCAUCAAGUACCAGGAGAGGAUCAGCGAGAUGGGUAGAGACGCUAAGGCGCUGCAGCAAGGUUACAACGAGCUCCAGAAUAAGCUAGAACAAUCCCAACUGGAGACUUCUAAAACUCUAGAAGACCUGAAAAGGACAGAAGCAGAGUUGGAUACCUGUACAUCUCAGCUGGAUGAGGCCCAGAAGCAGGCACACGUAGCUAUAGCGGAGAGGAGUACCAUGGAGCAGAACGUCCAACAGAGAGAGGCCUCGAUGAAAGCAGAGGCGGAGCAGACCCUGGACUCUGUGAGGUUCAGACUCGGAGGCGAACUGAAGGAGAUGGAGCUGAGACUGGACGAGGUGGACAGAGAGCGGGACAAGGAAGAGGAAGCGACCCUAGAGGCCAGAGAGGUCGCAAGAGCAGCCGAGAGACGAGCCCAGGAGCUGCAAGCCCGCCUGGACGAGUCUCUGGCCAGGUUAGCUGCCUUCUCGCGCUGCAUGUCCUCACUGCAGGACGACCGAGACAGAGUUUUGGACGAGACCAAACAAUGGGAGACUCGCUUUAGUGACUCUCUGCAGGGUAAGGAGGCCGAGGUGCGGGAAGCUGAGACACGAGCAAAGGAUCUGACAGAACAGCUUCAGAGAGAAUCUGCUCUGAAGCAGCAACUUCAGCUAUCAGUUGACAGGCUGGAGAAGGCAGAGAAAGAUUUGAAGCUGAAACUGGAAGGGGAGGAAAAGAAAGUAGCAGAGAGCCAAGCUGCCCUAGAGGAGGUGAAAAACAAGCUGCAGCAAACCACAUCCGAGCUGCAGGCUGCACAAAGUGAAGCUCACGCUCUGAAAAGAGAGGCGGAGAGUCUCAACCAGAGGGCCAGAGCUCUGGAGGAGGCUGUCGGGCGGCUGCAGGGUGAAGUGGACCAAGCCAGGACAGAGCUGAGUGAGCGGGAGGCCGAAGAGAGGCGGCUGUGUCUGAGCGUGGAGCAACUAGAGACAGACCUGCGCUCCUCUAAAGCCCUGACAGAGAGUCUGCAGACUGAGUUAAAUGAGAAGGAAAGGAGAGAAGUGGAAAUGCUGGGAGAGAAGGAGCAUGCUGUUGCUCAGGCUGCAGAGGAGGCUAGAAAGGAGGCCGACGGCAGGGCAAAGGAAGCUGAGGAGGAGCUGGAGCAGAGGAGAGGGGAACUGAGGGAUCUGGAAGAAAAACUGCGAAAGGCUGAAGAGGAGAGCAACAACAGAAAAACCAAACUGGACUCUUUCAUGAAGGCCAUGGGCUCCCUGCAGGAUGACAGAGACCGAGUGCUCAACAUGUACAAACAGCUGGAGGAGAAACACCUGCAGGUGAUGCUGGAGAAGGACGGUCUGAUCCAAGAGGCGGCAGGGGAGAACAACAGCCUGAAAGAAGAGCUGCGCUCUCUGCUGGUCCAGAGAGACGACCUGUAUGCUGAAAGGUCUCAGCUGUCCGCUCAGCUCCACGGCUACCGCGAUGAACUGAACCAAGUCCUGAGCAUGAAGGACUCGCAGCACAAGCAGCUUCUGGCCGCUCAGAGAGCGCGCAUUGCGGAAUUAGAAAGUCAGGUAAAGAGUGUAAUCAGAGCCGGAGAGACGGGAGUGGAAACAGUGAAAGUGGAAAGGGAGGCUCUAAGCCAGGCUGCACCACAGGUGAUAGAUGCUCCCGGUGCAGAGGUGGAGAAGCUAAGGGAGCAGCUGCAAGCAGCCAGAGAGCAAGUAGAGGCUUUGGAGGAGAGAUUACAGAAGGAGAGACAGGAGCAGCAGGGCAGGAGCAAAGAGCUGUCAGAGCUGCGAUGGGAGGGGGGGGUGAUGCGGACAGAGUCAGAGAACGCUCAGGAGAGGGUGGCGGAGCUGGCCAGAGACCUGCUGGCUGUAGAACAGAGUCUGCUGGCAGAGAGAGAGAUGACCACGCAGCUGAGAGCAGAGAACCAGUCCUUCUCAAAAGCCAUGGCCUCCCUGCAGGACAGCAGGGACCAGGCUCUGAACAAGGCCCAGGACCUGAGCCUGAGACUGGAGGAGAUGAGUAAAGCAGGGGGCGUCCCAGUACCCAGCAGCCCCGGGGGCUCCACUGGAGAAGUGUGGGGUCUGAAGAAUGCUCUACAAGCCCUGCAGAAUGACAGGGAGAGACUGCUGGAGCAGCUUCAGACACAGGCGACUGAGCUCAAGAAGCUGAAGUCAGAGCUGGCUCGACUUGGAGCCGGAGAGCUGAUAAAAGUCAGCCAGGAGCUGUAUGAAGAGAGGAAGAGGAAUGAAGACAUGCUCAGUAUCAUCAUGCAGCUGGAGAAUGUGGCGGAAAUGGGCAAACGGCAGAUAGAAACUCUCAGACUGGAGCGUAUGGACUGGAUGGCUCAGGCGGAGCAGCUGAAGCAGCAGACCCUCACCACUCUUUCAGAGAGAGACCAACAACUGCGGCAACUCAGCGCCAUGCUGGAGGAGGCCCGCACUCAGAAGCCCAAGCUCCAGCAGGAACACUAUCAGAGAGAGGGAACAGAGGAAGUGGACAGCGCUCCCGGAGCCCCACAGGAGCGUAGCAGCCUGUCAGACAGCCAUGCAUACAUAGCCGAGGUCAAAGAGCUGCAGGGAAGGCUAGAUCAAGAGAUGCAGCAGAGAGUGGCUGCUGAGGAGCAGCUGAUGGCCACACAGGAUCAACUCAAACGUCACAGCCAGGGUACAUGGCACUCGGCACAGGAGGAGGAUCACUCGGACACGGCUGUUUUUAUCGAGCAGGAAGGAGCCGUCACUCGAGCUCGGAGAGGCGGCCCCAGCUUGAUGCGGAUGCUGCGGGGGGCUUUCUGCUCCCGCCAGCGCACCCCUCUGCUGCUCAGCCUCUAUCUGCUCACUGUGCACAUCCUGCUGCUGCUGUGUCUGGGCGGGCUCCUCUGAGAACCGCUCCCUUUAAACACCUGACCAAUAGGAUCUAGAGUUAGAGAGAGGAGGGGAAAGGAAAUGGAAAUUUGAUGCAGACCUAACCCAAGCCAUCCAUCUGUUUUCAUUUUUAAUGUCAUCAAUUAUAAAAAGUUGUGUAAGAGGCUCUCCACACACACAUUGCACUUUACAGGAUUUAAUGCUGCAUUCAUGCGCCCCUCGGAUAAUCCACAGAGGUGGGAAGUCGUUCUUCUGCCUUUAUUAGCUUUAAGCCGUUAUGUGAAAACAACAACGUGUUUUGAGUGAUCAGAAGACUAGAAAGACUUAAUAUAAAGUCCAUACAAUUACCAACAUGGACGUUACAGAGACAAUUUAGUAUUUUAUUAAUUCGAUAGAGCACGACACGCUGAUAGCAGUAUAUUUUUCCUGUCACUUCACGUGAACAGCAAAUUACGGUAUAACCAUGUUACAAAUAACAUAGGAGCAGACAUCGAUAAGCAAUGUGUUAAUUAUUUAAGUUUCUUACUGUAUCCCAACUUUUACUUCUGUAAAAUGUUACUGCUUUAGAUAUGAGCGUUGUUGUCUCAUGACAUGAGAUUAUGAAGUUGUGUACCGUCCUAAAAUGGAAACUUCCGAUUAUUCCCAAUAACAUGAACGCAGCAUUCAUAUUUUAUCCAAAGUACUUAAAUGUAUUUAGUUUGUUGUUAAUGGUUUUAAUUAUGUUGCUUGUGUAUGACUUCAAGGGAAACCCGAGAAGGAAGGACACAGGAGAUUAAGUUUGCUUUCUGAAGUGUGUCAUGAUGGUGUUCUUUAUGUGCCUUUGUAUUGGAUUUAAAAGGGUCACUUCAAGUACGGACUUACCAGUUUUGUCAAUUUUACCGAUUUCUAUUGAAAUGUUUGGCUGUUGAGUGAUGGAAAUCUUCCAUCCACUUCCAGUGAACUAGCGUAUUUGUCAAAAUGUCCAACUAUAAUUUGAAGAUGGCUUGAGGCUCAGGACAUGCUGUUAUAAUCCAGUCUCUUCCUAUUCUACUCAUUUCACGCACAAAAUUGGAGCACAGUGCAAUAUUUGCUCGUACACAUUCCUGUAGUGUGUUUCCUUUUCUUUUCCUCUUAUAUAAAUCACGAGAAAGGGGAGCAUUAUAGUGAUAUUUGUUAUUAUGUACGUAAGGUGGAAGUGGGUAUUCCCUCCUAACAUAUCCAAUAAGAUCCCCUCCCCGUCCAGGCUUCUGUUGCACAGAUUUUACAGUUUGCUCUGUAGUUUUUUACAGCAGGUGAACAAUGUUACCGCAGUGUGGAUCCAUUCCAGAGGAGAAAGACUGCCGUGUUUCCUAUCAAUAUCCAUCCCAUUAUAAUCCACUCUAAUGUAGCAUCAUUUAAUGCCAUAGCAGUCAGAAUGAUCUACAUGUAUACUGACUUCAUCCUCUUGAUUCCUGUUUAUUUAAUCGCUGAGUGUUGGUGAAGGAUCUGUGUGCAUCUUCUUUUAACGUUUAUGUUCUUCAUGUGUUACACACUGAAAUAUACUUUAACUGUAAAUAACUUUAAAAAGGGCUGUAUAGAAAACUAAAAUGUAAUAAAAGUGAUGGUGGUUUAGAUCAGGGACAGAUCUUGUCAAGCAUUAAUUAUUUUUCUCAUUUGUGUAGAAAAACCACAUUGGUAUAUUUUAAAUUACUGUAGUACUUUUGUCAGUUAAUGGUUUUAUUUAAUUCAUAAAAUUAAAACAAAACGUUAUCCGAUGAUUGAGCAAACAUUUAUAAAUGUUGAAGUGACAUAACAACUGUGAUAUUUUAACAAUUGAACUGCUGGUUUUAAAACAUAAUGCUUCUCUGUGGGACUUUUUGUUAAGUUACUUUCACUUUCUUUUAGCACAGAAUAAAGAUUAAACACAU